AUGAAUGAGGUGUCAGACUUGCUUGGUCUGAAUAGAAAUAUAAGCGAUAGGGGCAAUGGUUUGGAGGAAGCGAUGAAGAAAUUGCAACUUUCAGAGGUGGAGAGGAAGGGUAUUAAGGUGCCAAAGACGCGGGAACUGAUGCUUCGACCUGGUGAGUGGCAUGCGGUGGGGUUGGCUUUGGCGGACAAACCUAUUUUUGUCGAGGGAAUUCAUCAAACUCUAGGCAAAAUCUGGUGUCCUGACAAGGGGAUGAUCGUCAAAGAGAUGGGAGAUAAUAUAUUCCUCUUUUACUUUAACCAACUGUGUGGGAUGAAGAGGGCAUUGGAGGAUGGUCCUUGGACGGCAGGUCAUAGCCUCUUGGUGAUGGCAGCUUAUGAUGCCAGGAAAGACAUUGAUGCAAUGGAAUUUACUCAUAUCCCGAUUUGGAUUAGAGUAGGCAAACUACCGAUGGGGAUGAUGAACAGGGUGAUGGGGGAGAUCAUUGGUAAUGAGGUAGGGAAAUUCUUGGACGUGGAUGUUGACGAAAGCGGCACAGCGGCCGGACGCUAUCUCAGGAUUAAAGUUUCUAUGGAUAUUCGUGUGCCAAUCAUGAGGGGUGUCACUUUGGAGAUUGAAGAUGAAGGUGGGGAUUUGAGAUGGUGCCCUUUAGAGUAUGAAUUUCUACCGGAGCUUUGUUACUCGUGUGGCAUCAUUGGACACAUUGAUAAAAAUUGUAAGAAAGGAGCACAGACAUUGAAAACUGACUAG